GCACCUGUGGGUGGCUUCGGAGACGGGACGUUCACUGAGCAGUCGUACCCCAGGGAGCACUGUGGGCUGCCCGGGUCUCAGAGAUAGACCGCCACGAUGCCAAGCCUCAUGCUGCUGCGACACCACCCCUGGUCAAAGAGACCUACCCAGUCCCCUGCCUCUGGGCCCUGCGCCAGCCCUGCCUCUGGCAGCGUCCCUCUGGAAGCCGUGGGAGGCUACUGCAGCAUUUGGAGGCCUAAGGGCCUGGUCUCCGGGUGUGCACAGUCGUGGUGGAGCAGAAGGAGGUUGAGUUUGUCAGAUAGACAGUGCUGGGCUCCAGUUCUGCUUUGACGUGUACGUUCCUUUGAGAGAAAACAGCUCGGCUACGUUUUUCUCCGCUCGGCCACCCUCAUGGCUGAUGUGUGUGGAAGCAGAUUAGAGAGGGCCCUGUGUGAGCGUGUGCAGCCCACGGCAGGUGCUGAGUACACGGCGGUGCUUUUCCCACUUUAUUCUGCAGCUGCACUGGCUUGGGAUUUGGUAAAAGGCAGGGGGUGUGGGUUGGAGUGUAGCUCUGAGAUGCUCGAGCAAGAGCAGGCUGUGAACAGGGCCAAGGGUUUGGACUGGGGGACCACGCCGAGCAAGGUGGCUGAGUUAGAGAUAAAAAGAGAUGAAGAAAAGGACUCAGUGCCUUUAAAGAGUCCCUGCUACUUACACAACACUUUUCCCGAGACGGGCUUCAUGUGGUCGCUGCCCACGUAGGUGCCAAGCAAGGCCCUGGUGCCAGAGACGUGGGCUGAAAACCAAGCAAACUGAAUGUCUGUGACUGUCAUGAAGCCGGGGCCCUAAGAAUGUGGCCGUGUGGUUGUCAGGCCAGGGCUCUGCUCCUGCCCUCCAGCCUAGGGAAUACAGCUGGGGAGAAACGCUCCCUCUGGGUUCCCCUGGGAUUUUGGCUGGCUUGAGGUUGUAAACAGGUGGAGGUGGCCAAGUGGAGAGCCUUGCUGUGACAGAGACCUGGGGGCCCUGCUGCCACCCUCCUGGCUCGCCACCGGAGCUCUGCGUGCCGAGACUGAACUGAGGCGCCGGCGUUGCUGCUGCCGGUUCUGCUGCUCCGGAAAACCUCUCCGUGCGAAGUUGGAUCUUCCUUGUGACUGAAGAGGAGCCAUGUUGUUAUGGAAGGGCCGGGACCCAGACACUGGGUCUGAAUGUCCUCCAGGUAUCAGAACUCCCGGAGAACAAGUGGAGGGCUGUGUCAUUGCCACGCGCUCUGCAGUCCCGCUCCCAAGUGAGGCCACGUGCAGCCGCCAAGUGUGACUGACGGUCACUCAGAAGCUGUGCACACGAGGUGUGAAUCCCACCUGGUCUGGCGCCAAGAAAACAGCACCUCAGUGAUGGGAGGUGAAGCCAAAAACCUUCCCUCUUACCCGGGGCCAAGUAAGAUGAGGGAUUGCUACUGCACAGUGAACCUGGACCAGGAGGAGGUUUUCAGGACCAAAAUUGUGGAAAAGUCACUCUGUCCCUUUUAUGGAGAAGACUUUUACUGUGAAAUUCCUCGGAGUUUUCGCCACCUGUCCUUCUACAUUUUCGAUAGAGAUGUUUUCCGGAGGGAUUCCAUCAUAGGGAAGGUGGCCAUUCAGAAGGAGGACUUGCAGAAGUACCACAACAGGGACACCUGGUUCCAGUUGCAGCACGUGGACGCCGACUCGGAAGUGCAGGGCAAAGUCCACCUGGAGCUGCGGCUGAGUGAGGUCAUCACAGACACUGGGGUCGUCUGCCACAAGCUCGCCACACGCAUCGUCGAGUGCCAGGGCCUCCCCAUCGUGAACGGGCAGUGUGACCCUUACGCCACUGUGACACUGGCGGGGCCCUUCAGAUCGGAAGCAAAGAAGACAAAAGUGAAGAGGAAGACCAACAACCCCCAGUUUGAUGAAGUGUUUUAUUUUGAGGUGACCCGACCCUGUAGCUACAGCAAGAAGUCCCACUUUGACUUUGAGGAGGAAGAUGUGGACAAGCUUGAAAUCAGAGUUGACCUCUGGAACGCCAGUAACCUGAAGUUUGGAGAUGAAUUCCUGGGAGAACUAAGGAUCCCGCUGAAAGUCCUGAGGCAGUCCAGCUCCUAUGAGGCAUGGUACUUCCUCCAGCCCCGGGACAACGGCAGCAAGAGCCUAAAGCCGGACGACCUAGGCUCCCUGCGGCUGAACGUGGUCUACACGGAAGACCACGUGUUUUCUUCUGACUAUUACAGGCCUCUACGGGACCUGCUGUUGAAGUCUGCAGACGUGGAGCCUGUGUCAGCGUCCGCGGCCCACAUCCUGGGUGAGGUUUGCCGGGAGAAGCAGGAGGCAGCGGUCCCGCUGGUGCGACUCUUCCUGCACUACGGCAGGGUAGUGCCCUUCAUCAGUGCCAUCGCCAGCGCGGAGGUGACGCGGACACAGAAACAAAAGCUGUCUCCACCACCAUUUCCCAGGGACCCCAACACCAUCUUCCGAGGAAACUCACUGGCGUCCAAGUGCAUUGAUGAGACCAUGAAGCUGGCGGGGAUGCAUUACCUGCACGUCACCCUGAAGCCUGCCAUUGAGGAGAUAUGCCAGAGCCACAAAUCCUGUGAAAUUGACCCUGUGAAGUUGAAAGAUGGAGAAAACCUCGAAAACAACAUGGAGAACCUACGGCAGUACGUGGACCGUGUCUUCCACGCCAUCACCGAGUCUGGGGUGAGCUGCCCGACCGUCAUGUGUGACAUCUUCUUCUCGCUCCGGGAGGCGGCGGCCAAACGCUUCCAGGAUGACCCAGACGUCAGGUACACUGCAGUGAGCAGCUUCAUCUUCCUGAGGUUCUUUGCACCGGCCAUUCUCUCCCCCAACCUCUUCCAGCUCACGCCACACCAUACGGACCCCCAGACGUCCAGGACACUGACGCUCAUCUCCAAGACCGUGCAGACCCUCGGCAGCCUAUCCAAGUCCAAGUCUGCGAGUUUUAAGGAGUCCUACAUGGCUACGUUUUAUGAAUUCUUCAAUGAGCAGAAAUACGCUGAUGCGGUGAAAAAUUUCUUGGAUCUGAUUUCGUCCUCGGGGAGAAGAGACCCCAAGAGUGUUGAGCAGCCCAUCCUGCUUAAAGAAGGGUUCAUGAUCAAGAGGGCACAAGGACGGAAGCGCUUUGGGAUGAAGAAUUUUAAGAAGAGAUGGUUUCGCUUGACCAACCAUGACUUUACCUACCACAAAAGCAAAGGGGACCAGCCUCUCUACAGCAUUUCCAUCGAGAACAUCCUGGCAGUGGAGAAGCUGGAGGAGGAAUCUUUCAAAAUGAAGAAUAUGUUCCAGGUCAUCCAGCCAGAGCGUGCACUCUACAUCCAGGCCAACAACUGCGUGGAGGCCAAGGACUGGAUCGACAUUCUCACCAAAGUAAGCCAGUGCAACCAGAAGCGCCUCACCGUCUACCACCCGUCUGCCUACCUGGGUGGCCACUGGCUGUGCUGCAGGGCAUCCUCAGACUCAGCCCCAGGAUGCUCGCCCUGCACCAGCGGCCUCCCAGCCAACAUCCAGCUGGAUAUUGAUGGGGACCGUGAGACAGAGCGUAUCUACUCCCUCUUCAACUCAUACAUGAGCAAGCUGGAGAAGAUGCAGGAGGCCUGUGGGAGCAAAUCUGUGUACGACGGCCCAGAGCAGGAGGAGUACUCAACAUUUGUCAUUGACGACCCCCAGGAGACCUACAAGACGCUGAAGCAGGUCAUCGCUGGGGUCGGGGCUUUGGAGCAGGAGCAUGCCCAGUAUAAGAGGGACAAGUUCAAGAAGACGAGAUACGGAAGCCAGGAGCACCCCAUCGGAGACAAGAGCUUCCAGAGCUACAUCCGGCAGCAGUCCGAGACCUCCACUCAUUCCAUUUAAAGUGCAGGACACCCCCAGUGGUGCCUGUGAGCUGCCCACGCAAAGCUGCAGCCUUUGGGAGGGAGAAGAGAAGGAAGAGUGCAGAGUCACCAGAGCAAUCCAUGCCACCCUGGCCACGGACAAGUGGCCAAGGUUUCCCUCUCCCAGAACCGCCACCGCUGCCGCACCCUCUGCAGAAAGCCCGCCCGGCCUUGUGGACCAUGUGGUCCUUUGGUUUUGUGCUCUUUGCUCCUUGUUUGUGGGGAUCCAGGGAUCAGCUGAAGGAUCAGGAAGCGUGGACUGUGCCCUGGCCACACCACAGCUGGCCUCAGGGAGCCACGGCUCAUCCAGUCGGCUGCAACAUGCACCUUAGGCCGUGUGCACGGUGCGCGUGGCACUGGGCUCUGUGGCUCUGCGCCCUUGUGGCCUCCCAACCCCACCUUGGCUUUUGGCUUCAUCACGUUGGGACAUUCAGAGCAUCACUCUCCCGCUGUGCCCGCCAUUUAGGCAGCCAUGGGAGGUGGCCUCCCUGUUCUACUUUUGAGGUUGGUUUUAUUCCUGGUUGAAGGGUCAGUUUUGUGGCUGGGAUGUGCAGAACUACACAGAAAUCCCAAUCUGAGGAUGCCCUUGGUGCUUGGAGGAUCCAGGUUCUGUCUGCAGAGACCCUUGGAGGGAACAGUGUGGGCUCCAGCGUUUCCGGGUGUCUGCUGAGCCCAUGUGGAAGCACAAGUUAUUUUGCUGUUGAAUGAGGUUUAAAGUUAGAAUUAACAUUUGCCACCCCCUGUGGAAGUUUGGGGAAGAUUUUUAAACUAGAAGUGUGCAUUUUUUGAGCUGUUUUUCUUAAUGUUUUUAAAGGACCAUUUUUAAUUAGCUCUUUGAUACAAAGUAACUCAGAACGUCAAAACCUAUCCCCACUAAAGAGAAGCUGCAGAGCACAAAGGCAAGGGAAUGGAGCCUGUCUCAGGAAGGGCAGCUGCAGGUUCUCCAGAAAAUCAGAGAAGGGAAGAAAUUCAGUUUCAGGUACAGGGGCUACGGGGGUGCAGAUGUUCCUCCAGGGCCCACGGCCAGUGUUGCACCUGUGUUACAAACCCCCAGAUGCUGUGCGGGGCAGGUACUGGGGCUGCUUUUUUAUUGGGAGGGGAGCCUCCUAAAAACAGGGCCCAGGCAGACCCCUCCAGACCUCACACUGCCGAGGAGGCCUUUCCGAAAGGCGUCUUCCUGGAAUGCAGAUGGCAGGUGUGUGGGAGGCACGUUUACAUACACAGCACCGUGUGUCCUUGUACCUUCUCCCUGUUCUUCUGUGAAAAUACUGUAGUUCAGACUCUUAAUCUAGAUGGUGAAUAGAGACUUUAUUUGUUGUCACAAAAAUAGUGGAGGAAAAUGUUAAAAAAAAUAGACUUUGGACACACAGCUGUUGGGGCUGCACUGAGCUGCAAUUUUUAACAUGGAUUUAUAACUUAAUGUUUCUGUUUAUAAAAUACUAAUGAUUUGAAAUGUAUUUUACUGGACAAUUAAAACAGAUGUUUUAUUCUU